GUCUGAUUUAAAGCACGGUAGGAGGCCGUCGUUUUUUUUUUUUUUUUUGUUCGCCGGCCACUUGUGUGCUGCUCCGAGCAGCCAGAAUAAAACCGCAGUAUGCCAAAGGAGGAACAGCCACGAGAACCGGAGCAGCUCCGGAAGUUGUUCAUUGGGGGCCUCAGCUUCGAGACAACAGACGACAGCCUGCGCUCUUAUUUUGAGCAAUGGGGCACGUUAACCGACUGUGUGGUUAUGAGAGACCCGAACUCCAAGCGCUCCAGAGGCUUCGGUUUUGUCACAUACUCCUGUGUGGACGAAGUCGAUGCCGCCAUGCAGGCACGUCCUCACAAAGUCGAUGGUCGUCUUGUAGAGCCCAAACGUGCUGUGUCUAGAGAGGAUUCCAACAAACCUUUUGCACACACCACAGUGAAAAAGAUCUUUGUGGGUGGCAUUAAGGAGGAUACAGAAGAGAGCCACCUACGAGACUACUUCCAGGAAUUUGGAAAGAUCGAAGCAAUUGAAAUAAUGAUCGAUCAUAAGACUGGCAACAAAAGAGGCUUUGCGUUUGUUACGUUCGACGAUCAUGAUGCUGUGGAUCGUAUCGUUAUUCAAAAGUACCACACAAUAAAUGGCCAUAAUUCAGAAGUGAGGAAGGCUCUCUCUAAACAAGAGAUGCAGAAUUCAUCAAUGAACAUGAGAGGGCGUGGAGGUGGAAACUUUGAUGGUCGAUAUGGCAACAAUGACUUUGGAGGAGGCAGAGAUGGAUUCAGGGAUGGAUUCAGAGGAGGCAGAGGAGGCAGUGGAGGAUAUGGAGGUGGAGAUGGCUACAACAAUGGAUUUGGAGGAGAUGGUGGCUAUGGUGGUGGCGGUCCUGGCUACGGAGGCAACCGUGGUGGAGGAUAUGGGGGCGGAGGACCAGGCUACGGUGGCUACGGUGGUGGCGGAUAUGGUGGUGGUGGUGGCGGCGGAUACGGUGGCGGUGGCAACAACUACGACAAUUAUAACAACGGCAACGGAAACUUUGGAGGUGGUAACUUCGGAGGUGGAGGCGGCGGCGGUGGUGGUGGCAACUACAAUGACUUUGGGAACUACAACAACCAGCAGUCAAAUUUUGGCCCCAUGAAAGGAAACUUUGGUGGAGGUGGCAGAAAUAGCGGCCCAUAUGGUGGUGGAUAUGGGGGUAGCUCAGGAGGAGGUGGAGGCUAUGGUGGUGGCUCUGGUGGUAGACGAUAUUAAGUCCUUUAAAGGACUCAGUACUUAGGAGAGGAGACAGGAGAGCAAGUGGAAUGACAGGGCAGCGGCAGGUUUACUCCCUAGAUCUGCUCAGCCGUUCAGAAGAGCUGUACAGUAGCGCUGUCAUGAAAGGGACUUUUCUUUGUGUAUGGUUGUGAUGUCAGGCUUUUUAUAUUUUUCUUUAUGGGAUGCAUUCCAUAUGAAGCUUUGUGUAGAAUUACUUUAAACCAGGGUCCUAAUUAUGUGUAACACCAACAAAAUCAAGAAAUAAAGCAUCAUCCAGUUUUUA